AGGACAAGCGGACCAAGAGAGAAAGGGAGAGCAUGGGAAGGGCUCGAGUCUGGGGCUCGUGUUCUGAUUGGUACAGCGCUUCGAUAAGCCACGCCCGCUGGGCUUAGAAAGACGUGGGGAGUUGUGACAUCAGAGGAGGAGGCGGGGAUUGACAGGAGGGCGGAUCCGCCUGGAAACGGUCGUUGUGCUUGAGGGGGAGGGACAGCCGGUGGAGACGAAAGGGUUCGGCAAUCUUCGGAUUCUGUUUCCCGUCGCGGUCCUAGGGACGGCUCGCUUCGUUCCAGUGGUUAAACUUUGGCUCUCAAUCGAAGCUGAUAUACACACGAAAAACACAGACGAGUUUUGGGGCGUCGUAAAGACAGAUUUAUUGCGGCGUAAGCUUUGUGAACUAGAACAAUCCAUUUCAUUAGAGGCAGAAAGUGUUAUCUUCAGUUUACAGAUACUAUAUACAUGACCACCAUGUAUUAAAUCUGCAAGAAUAUAUUGCUGGGUGGGGCCAAACGGCCAUGCAAUACAAGAGACGAAGUCUUUUUGUGUAAAGUUUUGAUAAACUAAAUAAAGCACAAUGGCGACUCACGUGGACAGUAAUACGUGAUUAAACAAUCAAGGUUUGCUAUACUAGUGAACGCCUAUAAUGGAAGAGGAACCCAUUGUCACCAUUAAUGCCCAGACGGAUGGAAUCAAAUGUCUUGGUUCCCUCAAAUGUUAUGCAAAACUGGCUUUGGCUUCUCCUAAGAUAUACAUGAAAUAGAUCAUGCCGAAUAUGGAAAGUCACCAAAAGUCAGAAGAAAUCACAGAUGUUUUCUUAAAUUUGACAACAACCUUCCCUUUCCCCAAGGCAGAGAGUGGUUCCAGAAUGCCAUCUGCUUUAUUCUGUUAAUGAUAAAUGGACUUGCUCAGCAUGGACUGUGGCUGGAAUGCAGGACAGCUGGAGCCAAGAUCAGUCCAUUGCAAUUCCCUACAGGCUUGCCUUCCUACAGUGCUGCUCAUAUGAAAAGUUCAGCCAGCAUAUGGUCAAAACUGGAAACACAUACAGAGACUUAGUUCUUCCAUUUUUGUCACCCUUGCUCUUCGUGAAUUGGCCUGCUCUUCAGUCAAAGAAUGAUUGGGAAACCUGCCUUUACCUUGGGAGGCUUCACUACUGCUGUGGCAUGUUAUGCUGUCCGAAUAAGAAGAUAUUUGCACAGCAGUGACUUCCAUGUUCAUCCUUAUGUGAAGGAGGCCCUGGACAGUGGGAAGCCUGUCGUUGCAUUGGAGAGCACCAUCAUUACACAUGGCAUGCCAUAUCCACAGAAUCUGAGCGUGGCCAGAGAGGUGGAAGAAAUAAUAAGAGCCAAUGGGUCUGUGCCAGCAACAAUCGGCAUUUUAAGUGGCCGCAUCCACGUGGGCCUCCAGAAUGAACAACUUGAGAUUUUGGCAAAGAGCAAAAUUGUAAUGAAGGUGUCUCGAAGAGAUUUCCCCUACAUUCUCAGCCAGGGCUUGUCUGGUGGCACAACUGUGGCAGGAACCAUGACUGUGGCACACAAAGCAAGGAUCCCGGUGUUUGUGACAGGAGGAAUUGGAGGUGUUCAUCGUGGAGGAGAAAAGACUUUGGAUGUGAGUGCAGACCUGACGGAAUUAGGUCGUACUCCAGUUGCUGUGAUUUCUGCAGGUGUGAAAUCUAUACUGGAUAUUGGCAGGACACUGGAAUAUCUGGAGACUCAAGGUGUCUGUGUAGCCACCUUUGGAGAAUCGAGAGAGUUCCCAGCAUUCUUCUCAUCUCAGAGUGGUUUCCAGGCACCGUAUCAUGUGCGGGACGAGGAGGACGCUGCUCAGCUGAUUGCUAGGUCCCUGACCUUGCAGCUGGGCAGCGGAGUGCUGAUUGCAGUGCCCUGCCCUGAGGAUCAAGCUGCUUCAGGACACCUUAUUGAAGAAGCAAUCCAGCAGGCUUUGAGUGAGGCUCGGGAACAAGGAAUUACAGGAAAGGAGCUUACCCCCUUCUUGCUGCAGAGGCUGAAUGAAUUAACUAGUGGGGAGUCACUGAAAUCCAACAUUGCCUUGAUGAAGAACAACGCCAGGGUGGGCAGCCGCAUAGCUGUGGCCCUGAACAAGAUCCAGAGAGCCCAGGGUUGGAGAAACGACUCGCCUCAAAAUGAGAAUGUAUCUGCUGUGCCGAGACCAGUGGUCAUUGGAGGCAUCAAUGUUGAUUUCAUAGCCAAGGCAAGAGAAGCAACGAUAGUGGGUGGAGGACAGACAAAUCCGUCAACAGUGAGACAAUCAUUUGGCGGUGUGGGGAGAAACCUAGCAGAUUGUUUAAGUCGUCUUGGGAAGACCCCGUUCUUUAUCUCCAUCAUGGGGAAGGAUGAGCAUUCGGAGUCUGUUCUACGCUACUGCAAGCAUAUGGAUAUGAGUGGUGUCUUGAGACUGGAAGGACACAACACAGCCACUUACUGCGUAGUAAUCACAGGCAGCGGAGAGUUCACCCUUGGCUUGGGAGACAUGGACAUCCAUGAGCAGAUCACUGAGCAAUACGUGUCCAAGUUCAAGGAGAAUCUGUGCAAGGCCCCACUAAUAUGCAUUGAUGGGAAUGUGCCAGUGUCCACCAUUCAAUACAUCUGUCAGAUUGCCAGAGAACAUCGCUUAGCAGUGUGUUAUGAGCCUACAGAUGUGGACAAGGCUUCUAAGCCAUUCCUUUCAGACAGCUGGAGAGCCCUGGCCUGCAUAUCUCCCAAUCUACAAGAACUGAGAGCAAUCAACCAGGCCCUGGGACAUCCUGUGCCAGCAGAUAUGCCAUCUACGCUGGAAGAUGUUGUCAAGACUGCUGCAACCCUGGCCUACCCCUUGCUGAGAGAGUUGCACUGGGUGGUGGUGACACUUGGCCAACAUGGAGUCCUGGUGUGCGGCCGGAAUGUGGAUGGGAGGCUCUCUCUUCACCCUGGAACUUUCAACAAGGCCAGUGCUGCAGGUGAGCUGUGCGCCAUUCACUAUCCAGCGAUCUCUGUCCCUGUGGAGGAGAUAGUGAGUGUCUCUGGAGCAGGCGACAGCUUAAUAGCUGGCAUCAUCGCUGGGCUGCUUGCUGGAGAGGACACGGAUAACUGCAUCCGGCUGGGGCUCUUAUCUGCCAGCCUCUCCCUCCGUUCAUAUGAGCCGGUUUCGCCAGAGAUCAACAGUACCAGCAUGAGCAUGGCAAGGCUAAAGGCUCAGAGGUGGCCUGUAGCAAAGAUCUGGAAAUUGCCUUUGGCUCAAGGGUUUGCACCUGGAACCUGCACCCUGGAAUAGGCAGCUCCCCCCCUUCUCUCUCUCCAACAUGGGCCUGCCUUUGAACAGAAUCAGGUGGGCUCAGUGAUGGUAGCAGGAGAGGAGGAUCUCUCUGUAUUUCCCCCAGUCCCAUCCUCUGUUGCGAUGACUAUGCCUACUCUGUGCUACAAAUAAAUAAAAAUGGAAAUCUUACACCAAGAAAAAGAUGAAUUCUACGACCUGCAUAUAUUAUACAAAUGAAACAUAUUCGCAUAUAUUCUGGUUCCCUGGAAUGAGGUAGGGACAAUGAGUUAGGCAGGCCAGUGAAGACCCACCCACCUUUACUACCAGAUUCUUCCAAUUUGGGACAUUUUGUCAAGCAUUGCUCAUGUGCUUGAAAAACAGCUUUUGCUACCUAGGGGUGCUCAUCUGUUAGCUUUCACUAUCCCUGAUCAUUGACCAUGAAUGAUGGUCAAGGCUGAUGGAAAUGGUAAUUGAACCACAUCUGGAGGGCACCAAGUCAGGGAAGGCUGCUUUAAGAUCUGUCCCUGCAGUGUCAAUGCAAACGCAGCCAGUACUUCACACUUGGAGGUGCCACAUGCAGAAAUUAAAACAAGCUUAGUAGCAUCCAGGGGAUACAAGACAACAGCAGCAAGAACACAGUCUACAGGUGAGUCUGGAACGAGCUCAUCUCACGAAUGAAUGGCUAAACAUUUUCAGAAGUGAUUUGUGAAAAAUCUAUAUUGGACUAAAUAAACACUUGGAUGGACUGACUCCUACCUGCCCAAAUGAACAUCUUGUAUUUUCUGUUCUCCAUGAAGAACAAUUAGAAAUAACAAAGAGUUCUUUUAACAGAUUGUGCAGUGUUGGCAGCUGAGGAAAGACAAUGCAAAAAAGUCAUUUCAAAAUUGAAUGUACAAAUUUAAUGUUACAUUCAAGCCAAAAGGCUUCAUUUAGUGAGUUUACAGCAGAGGCAAGGUUCGGACUGGACUGUUCAUCUCACAACAUAGGACACUGCUAACUCCUGAGCUACGUGGCUCUGAUUUAUGUGUGUGUGUGGGGGAAUCGGAUGGGUAGUUUUAGCACAUCUGAGCUUGGUGGCAAGAAGUAUUUCAGCCCCUGCAGAUAAAGAUCAGUCUGGAGUUUUAGCCUUUCACUAGGCCUGGGAGAGCAUCUUGGAGAGGAAAAAAACACCUGCCCUUCUGUGGGAUGCUGCGUUAGAUCCUGCUGGUGUGCUGCUGAUUGAAUUCUCCCAUCUGAGAGCACUGGAACAGAGCUGCUUCAUGACUGUUUCGCUAUCCGAAGCCCCCAUCCCAUGUGAUGUGGGACAAUGCCCACACCAGGACAGUUUGCAGUGGUUGCUGGAGCCCAGUUUUUUGCUACACCAUUGCCCCAGGCUCAGCAGCCUUUGCGGUGCUACAAGAGCGCCUUGUCCAUGAAUGAAAUUUGAAAAUUCCGUUGUGAAAAACAGUCAUGACAGGAUAGCCAGCUGUAGUCCAGAUGUUGUGGACUACAAUUCCCAUCAUCCCAUGAUGGCUCAGGCUGAUGGGAGUAGUAGUCUGAAACAUCUAAAGGGCACCAUGUUGGCAACCCCUGUCCUGAGGUGUUGCAUCUCUGUAAUAAAAGUAUCAUGUUGGAGAGCUGAUGAUCUGAAGGUGAUGCAGUCUGAGUAUUCCUUUCCAGCAGAAAAAAAAUCAAGUAGCAACCACUGAGGAGUGAAUGAUCAAUACAUCUAAAAAAAGGCAUUGAGAUCAUAAAAGUAUUUUUAUUCAGCAAACACAGACAACACACUUUUGCCCAGCCCAGGCAAGCAUUUUUUUUUUUACCAGCAAAGUUCACUCAGUGCCUUGAAGCACCUGCUUAGCUAAAAUAAUAAAAAAUAAAAUUGUUCCAUGAUCAUAAUGAUGGGGAAAGAUGGCAUUAUAUGGGAAGCACAUGCUUGCUUUUUACAAAGAAGUUGGGUGUUGCUGGGG